AAGGAACAUACGAAGAACAAGACUUUGAUUCUAACUUGCAAGUAUCUAUUCUAAGACUUGCCUUGUAAUUUCCGGUUCUUUGAUUACAACUUGAAAAGUCCCUAAUUACCAAGAAAAACUCCCACCUCCACCUCCAAAGCCAACCCCAAAAAGUCUUCCUUUGCAGCAAAAUGUACUUCCUAAGCCUUUGAUCUCAAAACACAUUUUUCCUUUGAACCAAUCGACAUCUCCUAUACUGGGUCUCUGUUUUUUGAUCUGCUUAUACCUUUUUCAUUUCACUUUGAACCCUUAAAGAGUUCCUUUUUCUCUCUGGUUUUACGCAUGGCUCUUGCACGUUUUGAUCUCUAAUUUGUGUUGAUUUGAUCUCCAGAAGAAUAAUAAGGAGCUCUGUAUGCUUCAAUCUCAGCGUUGAAGACUAUUUUUGAGGUUUUUGACACCUGCUUGCCGUUUACUUCAGUUUAUCUAUCUGUCCCCAAUCUGUUUGAGCUUCAAGUUUUGAUCUUUCUUCUCUACAUAGUACAUAGCUAUCUUAGAGAUGUUGUAGCUUUAAUGAGAUAGAUGUAGUUGAUAUAUUUUGUGAUUGCAUUAUGGCUGCAAAUUGUAAGAAUCCUCGCCCCAAAGCUGGGGCUUAUCGCAGAUUUUUAUCUCUAGUUUUAGUUACUUUGGUAGGGGUUUUGCUGCUGGUUGUUCUUCUUGGAACAAAUUCAGUGUCCAAUUUUGUGUCACAGUCUCCGAAUGAAUCAUCGGUUAAGGAUUUGAGACCUAGGUAUAACUAUACAGAUUAUAGAUUAAUUCCCAAUCUCCCCAAACAGAGUGAGUUAUCAAUUCAAUUGGAAAAGCUUAACCAGUUGCGUCCGAGGAAUACAGAUCUAUAUCCGAAGUUAGCUAAGAAUCAUAUAACCAUUGUCCUAUAUGUUCAUAAUAGGCCCCAGUAUCUCAAAGUGGUUGUGGAGAGCUUGUCAAAGGUAGUGGGGAUAAGUGAGACUCUACUUAUUGUUAGCCAUGAUGGGUACUUUGAAGAAAUGAACAAGAUUGUGGAGGGUAUCAAAUUUUGCCAAGUGAAGCAGAUAUUUGCCCCGUAUUCACCCCAUGUUUUUCCUGAUAGUUUCCCUGGUGUUUCCCCCAACGACUGUAAGGAUAAGGAUGAUGCAGCAAAGAAACAUUGCGUUGGGAAACCUGAUCAAUAUGGGAACCACCGAUCACCGAAGAUAGUGUCAUUAAAGCAUCAUUGGUGGUGGAUGAUGAAUACAGUAUGGGAUGGGCUAAAGGAGACAGAGGGGCAUACUGGCCAUAUUCUUUUCAUAGAGGAGGAUCACUUCAUUUUUCCUAAUGCAUACCGCAACUUGCAGAAACUAGCUGCAUUGAAGCCUAAGUUAUGUCCAGAUUGUUAUGCAGCAAAUUUAGCACCUUCUGAUGUGAAUUCAAGAGGGGAAAAUUGGGAUUGUUUAAUUGCUGAGCGGAUGGGAAAUGUUGGAUACUCCUUUAAUCGGACGGUUUGGAGAAAAAUUCAUACGAAGGCCAGAGAAUUUUGCUUAUUUGAUGAAUACAAUUGGGAUAUAACAAUGUGGGCAACAGUCUAUCCUUCUUUUGGCGGUCCUGUUUACACGCUACGAGGGCCAAAAACUAGCGCAGUUCAUUUUGGCAAGUGUGGUUUGCAUCAGGGUCAUGGGGAAAAAGGUGUUUGCAUUGAUAAUGGUGCAGUGAAUAUUGCUGUAGAAGAUGUGGAUAAGGUGGUCAACAUCAAUUCAAAAUGGGAAGUGCGGUUCUCUGAGAAUCAGCCAGGGUAUAAAGCUGGUUUCAAGGGCUGGGGUGGCUGGGGAGAUGAGAGAGACCGUGCACUGUGCUUGAAAUUUGCUGAGAUGCAUCACUUCACAAGCACUGAUUCUGUUCUGUCAUCUGAUGAUUGAGUUUAUGGCAUUUUGAGUUCCAUGGUUGUAACUGGUGAGGUCUAUUUUAGUUUAUUGAGCAAUUUAAAGGGACGUACUAGAAAAUAUCAUAUGUUUGUAUUAUCAUACGAUGUUGUGCUGAACUCACGACGUAGCUUUAAUGAAAUCUGGUUUUUGCACUUUC